GAGAGGAGAGAAAUGAAGACUUCACUCUUUCUCCUUCUCAUCCUCGCGCUGCUUGCCUCAGGAAAUGGUGAUGAUGUCAAGUACAUCUCCAAGAGGAACUCUGUUGAUGGGUGCAUCGACUGGUCAGUGGAUCUCAAGGAGUACCACGUUCUGGCCGGUGAGCCAGUAAGGGUGAAAUGUGCCUUGUUCUACAGCUAUAUUCGGACCAACUACACCAUGGCCACCAAUGCCAAACUGCGCCUCAUCUGGUACAAGAACAAAGGAGACGCUGAGGAACCCAUCAUCUUCUCGGGGCAUAGACUGAGUAAAGAAGAUGACUCCAUCUGGUUUAGGUCUGCUGAAAUGGAGGACAAUGGUUUCUACACUUGUGUACUAAGGAACUCAACUUACUGCAUGAAGGUGUCAAUGUCCAUGACUGUUGAGGAGAGCGAUGAGGGGAAAUGCUUCAGCAGCAACAUUCGCUAUCUGGAGAAAGCAGAGAUUACCCACAGCAAAAUGAUUACCUGUCGUGAUAUAGAUGACUAUUUGGCUCCAUACAAACAACCUCAUAUGACCUGGUACAAGGAAUGCGAGCGGGUUGAAUGGAGAAGCUCAAUUAUCAUCAACAAUACUCACAUUUGGAUUCCUAAAGUGGAAGAGGAGGAUGGGGGUAAUUACACCUGUGAGUUGCAGUAUGGAUCCAGACUGGUGCGGAGGACAACACAACUCAAAGUCACUGCUCUCCAGACCACCCAGCCACCUAAAGUCCUAUUCCCUCCAGAGAGACAAGAUACAGUGAUAGAGAUCACACCCGGCAUGCCUCUCAGUCUGGACUGCAAGGCAUUUUUUGGGUACAGUGGAGAAAACAGGAGACCUAUAAUCUAUUGGAUGAAAGGAGAGAAGUUUGUUGAAGAACUUGCUGGACAUAUUAAAGAAAGUGACGUCAGGAUUUUAAGGGAGCAUUUGGGGGAAAAGGAAGUGCAACUGUCCUUAACUUUUGAUGCUCUCGAGGAGACUGACCUGGCUAAUUACACCUGCUACGUGGAGAACCACAUAGGGCGGCGCCGCGGGAGUGCUAUACUACAGAAGAAAGAUAUGUAUCGUUUGGAGUUGGCUGGUGGUCUGGGUGUUAUAUUGCUGCUGCUGGGAGUCCUAACGGCACUUUAUAAAUGUUACAACCUGGAAAUUAUGCUGUGCUACAGGAGGCAUUUUGGCAGUGAUGAAACUGAAGAUGAUAAUAAAGAAUAUGACGCCUAUCUGUCUUACACUAAAGUGGAUCUGGACUCUCUGGGCAGAACAAGCAGCGAUGAGGAAACUUUUGCUUUGGAGAUCUUGCCUGAUGUUUUGGAGAAACACUAUGGAUACAAACUGUUUCUGCCAGACAGGGACCUCAUUCCGAGUAGCACAUACAUUGAGGACUUAGCUCGCAGUGUGCUACAGAGUAGACGUUUGAUCAUCGUUUUGACACCAGAGUUUGUGGCCAAGAGAGGUUGGAGUAUCUUUCAGAUAGAAACGCGCCUUCACUCCAUGCUGGUGACUGGGGAAAUCAAGGUCAUCAUGAUAGAAUGUGCAGAUCUGAAGAGUGUCAUCAACUAUCAAGAGGUGGAAGCACUUAAACACACAAUAAAGGUUUUAUCCAUCAUCAAAUGGAGGGGUCCAAAGAGCAAUGAAUUAUCGUCAAAGUUUUGGAAACAGGUGGUCUACGAGAUGCCUGCUAAACGAAGAGAAACAUUGUCUCGACGACAGGUGAUGGACUCGGGUGAGCAAGGCCUCUUUGGAGACCUACAGACAUCCGUCUCUACCAUUGCCAUGACAACCACCUCAGCAUCUCUGGUUCCUCCUAAUGAGAAUCGGCAUGGACAUCAGCAGGUUUCCUUGGCAACAGAGAUCCCCGACUACAACCAGAUGACCUUGCCUCUCGGAGGGGGUCACAUGGCUACAGCAGCCCAAAUGAGGCAUUUCUGCCGUAGCUACGAGUUUCAUCUUCCCCCACAGCCUCCCGCCCUGUCGCCUCCCCUCCCACCUCCAUCCACCAUGCAGUUCUCCACUCUGGGCCCCGGGGGGCGCCAUGUAUACUGCAACAUACCCAUGACACUUCUGAAUGGACAGGGGUUCAGGGCAGUUGACUGGGGAAGAAGAGGUUUCUCAGAGCAGCACACUUGGAAAGAAGCCCGAUCUUCACCUGAACAGCACCUUUGUCCCACUCACCAGCAGAGAACUAAGCUCUGA